AUGGCCAUCCUAUCGACCCUGUCGGCCUUACAGUGGCAAAUGGUCCAGAGCCCAUGGCAAUCCUUGGGUAUCACCGCCUUCUUGCUCCCAUUCCUCUAUAUUAUUCUGAACGAGUUUAUUCGAUCAUCCGCCCGUGUCAAGGGUAUGAAAGGUCCCCGAGGCUUGCCGUUGAUCGGAAAUCUGGCUCAGAUCCGGGUGAACGCUGCGGAGCAGUAUCGCAUAUGGUCCAAGAAGUUUGGGGCCGUGUACCAGAUUCAACUAGGAAACAUUCCAGUCGUCGUCGUGAACUCAGCUGCGUCCGCCAAGGUGCUCUUUGGCCAAAAUGCCCAGGCCCUAAGCUCACGACCAGAGUUUUAUACAUUCCAUAAAAUUGUUUCCAACACCGCAGGUACCACCAUCGGAACUUCGCCUUAUAGCGACUCCCUGAAGCGCCGCCGCAAGGGCGCUGCCUCCGCCCUAAAUCGACCCUCAGUGGAUUCAUAUGUCUCCCACCUGGAGGUUGAAUCAAAGGCUUUUGUGGAGGAAUUGUUUCGAUAUGGCAAGGGUGGGGCGACGCCCGUUGACCCGAUGCCUAUGAUCCAGCGCCUAAGCUUGAGUUUGGCCCUAACUCUCAACUGGGGAGUGCGAGUGGCAUCACAGGAAUCAGAGCUCUUUGACGAGAUCACUCAUGUGGAAGAGGAGAUCAGCAAGUUUAGGAGCACCACGGGAAAUCUGCAGGAUUAUAUUCCUCUCCUGCGAUUAGAUCCGUUCAGCAGAAACUCGAAAAAGGCUGCGGAGAUGCGAAUCCGUCGUGAUAAGUACCUGGGUGCUCUUAACCGAGAUUUGGAUGAUCGGAUGGAAAAGGGAACUCACACACCUUGUAUUCAGGCCAAUGUGAUUCUGGACAAGGAAGCUAAGUUGAAUACCGAAGAACUCACCUCUAUCAGUUUGACCAUGCUCUCGGGGGGUCUGGAUACCGUGACCACUCUCGUUGCUUGGAGUAUUGGCUUGCUCUCCACGCGCCCGGAUGUGCAGGAUAAGGCCGCCAAGGCUAUCCAGGAAAUGUAUGGGCAGGAUGAGCCCAUGUGCUCAGCUGAUGACGAUCAGAAGUGUGCCUAUGUUGUUGCCUUGGUUCGAGAAUGUCUUCGAUAUUUCACAGUGCUCCGACUGGCCCUGCCCCGAACUUCAAUUCGGGAUAUCACCUAUGAAGGGACAGUGAUCCCCAAGGGCACGGUCUUUUUCUUGAAUGCCUGGGCAUGCAAUAUGGACCCCGACGUUUGGACAGACCCGGAAGAGUUCCGACCGGAGCGAUGGUUGGAGCAACCCGAUGCACCAUUAUUCACGUACGGCAUGGGUUACCGCAUGUGUGCCGGGUCACUGCUUGCCAAUCGAGAACUCUAUCUGGUCUUCAUGCGGACCCUGAACAGCUUCCGGAUUGAAUCGCACGAGGACGUUGACUGGCAUCCGGUCCAUGGGAACUCGGACCCCGCCAGUCUAGUGGCCAUCCCCCAACGGUACAAGGUGCGGUUCGUGCCCAAGGACGCGGCCGCGUUGGGAAAAGUGGUGGCGCAAUGA